UUUUUUGCUGACGUUAGCUGUUUUGUGUAUCAUCAGUUGUAUCAUCAGUCACUGUAUUUUGAUGAAAAUACGAUCACUUCUUUUUGAAAUUAAAUGAAAGUAAACAUUCAAUAUUUUGCCCAACUGUUAAAAUUUCCUGUUAGCUAAAUAAACACUUAAAAUAAGAACCUCCGCUUUUAGCACAUAAGUGAUCUGUCAUGUUUUAUUUAUUCGAUAAGAAUCGGGAAAAACGGAUUAAACAGGUAGCAUAAUUUGUUGACAAUUUUUGAAUUUAAUAUGUAAAAUUAAUGUUUGACUCUAAAUUUUUUGAAAAAUAUAACAGUUACGAAAAUAUCAAAGAAAAUAAAAUACACAACAAUUGACCAAGUAGUUAAGAUAGAAAAAGAUUUGACGUGGGCACACUUCACCUCCAUCUCCCCUCCACCUCUACACGUCUGCCAAUUAGGGUAAAGUACUUGAAGAUUCAAUAUUUACAAUCAUUCCGAGUUCAUAUUUGCAUAUUAAGAACUUGAAGCAUGUCUGUGAGCAAAUUAAAAACCGGGGGGGUUUGUAAUUGAAAACGUCAUUAUAAUCAAAACAAUGUUGUUUAGCCUUAUUGACAUUAUCAACAGCUAAUAGACUUUAUUUAUAUCCAAAACCCGAUUAUAUGGAGGUUUAAUUCCAACUGAAGGAGAAGAGGAAAGGUCUACUCUAGCAGCGGUAAUAUGGACGAAGGACAAGCCCUUGUUGGUAACGACAAACCAACAACACGAGAAAGAACGAUAUAUCGUGUGGCUAUCGUGCUUCUUGUAUUGUUAAGUAUCGCUUUAAUUAUCGCUUUAAUCGUUAUACACGCUAAAGAGCACAACAAUGACGCUGAACACGAAUCACAUUUGCACAGGUUUUUCCACAUAUCUGACACUCAUCUCGACUUGUUCUACGAUCCAACAAUUGCAGUGAAAAAUGGUUUUUGUCGAUCGAUUUCGCUUAAAGGAGGUUCACCAAAUCCUAAAGCAGAAUCUGUGGCGAAGUACGGUCGCGAUAAAUGUGAUCUUCCUCGGAUAACAAUCGAAGAGGCGGCAACAAGAAUGAAGAAGGUAUACAAUGACAUGGACGAUAAAGCGGAGUUUGUGUUAAUGACAGGUGAUCAGUCUGGGCAUGAUUACUCAGAAUUUAUAACUCCUGACACAACAACAAACACCAUUAUGCAGUCACUAGGCAACAGCUCAAGCAUUAUUGGUAACGCGAUCACGGAUAUCCCAGUAUACUUUGCGUUUGGAAACAAUGACGAGCCAAAUCACAACCUUCCCGUGACAGAAAAUGUAGCAGCCUUUUAUUCCAAAAUAAGAAUGAUGUGGGAACCACUGAUCACGCGCGGAAAUACUGAUGCAAAGUUCGUGGAAACGUUUCGCGCCUCGUUUGAUCAAGGUGGAUAUUAUUCUGUCAAUAUUAACAAUGGUAAAACUGUUUUAAUUAUCCUGCAUACAAUGUAUUGGUCUUACAAAGCAAUUCGACAAGAUGCUAAAGUAACAAAGAUAGGUGAUGAGCAAAUGAACUGGUUCAUUCAGCAACUUAAAACAGCAAAAGAAGAUGGAAAGAAAGUUAUUGUUGCUGGUCACAUCCCACCAGGUGUUGACAAAUUUGUUACAAAACCAGCGUUUAUUAGUAACUACUCAAGUAUUUAUAUGAAGCAAACUACACAAGAUUAUAAAGAUAUUAUUACAGCUCAACUGUAUGGUCACACUCACUCUGAUCAAUGGUACAUACAAACUGUUACAGAUACAUUCCCGAAAACAGAAGGUGCCUCAAGCUUCAUGUUGACGAUGCCUGGUCUCACACCUGUGUACUCCGAGAAUCCUUCUUUUCGCUUAAUUGAGUAUGACAGUAAGAAGCAACGACUUAUGAAUUUCAAGCAAUUUUACAUGGACUUAUCUCUUUCCAACGCUUUGGAAAAGCCUAUUUGGGAUGUGGAUUAUAACUUAAGUGAAGAAUACAACAUAAAAAACGGCCUCACAGCUUCAGUAGUUGAAAGUGUGUUACGCAAGCUGUUGGAUCCUGAAGAUCACGGCGUCACCGUGUCGAAUUAUUUCCGGCACUAUCGGUCACGUUUCGACGGCGAUAUGAAGCUACGUUAUAUGGAGUAUUGUGGUGGAAUUUACCAAACUGAAGCUUCGUUUAAAGAAUGUAUGAAGUAUUAUAAUAAUGGACUAUUUUAAGAAGUUUUAUUGCUGCUAAGACAUCCUUUAAAACUAAUUUUCUUUUCUUUUUUUAUUAUGGUUUGAGAGUCAAUUAGCUUCUUAUUAGCAACACCCUGGUUGCAUGAGGUUGACAGAGACCAAUCAGGAUGCGAAUUGUACAUUGAUCUCGUAAAGAGACCAACAGGGUAAAAAAAUCUAUUUUAAAAACGAGAGCUCUACAAAUAUUGCUGACAAUGGAGUUACCUAAUCAAGUCAUUGAUGUAUUGUAAAGUUUAAUUUGCAGAUUUAUUUCCGGUGAGUAAGCAAAUGUGAUAUACAUUGUCGAUUUUGUUGGUUCGACGCAACAAAUUCGAGAAGUGGGCAAAAUGUAUGCUAUGUAAUUAAGUUUGUUUAGAAAACCAUGAAAAUAGGUUUUUAAGAUUUUGGUAUAAAAAAGAUAAAAUUUCAGUAAA